GCAAAUGGGGUAAAUUAACAAGAAAACAAAAUAAAUCUAAAAAAUCACAGAUCAGGAGCUGAGAUUGAUCAUCCCGGUUCACCGUAGAAAUCUCUUUCCUCCACAUUUUCUCGAUCCUAGCGACGGGGGAUUCUCUCGCCGGCGAUGUCGUCGUCCUGCUGCUACCUCUGUUUCCUUGCUCUCACGAACACAAGGUAAAAAGAAAGAAGGAAGCUCAGUCCCUGUGAAUCUGACUGUGAACAAGACAUCGCCUUCGUUCGAAACGAUGCCUCACAAAUUGGCUCUAUGAUCUGCGCGAUCCGCGCCGUCUUCUCUCCGGAUCUGAGUUUCGGUUGAGUGCCAUUGUGUAGCCUACUUGAAUUGAGUAUUCUUGUUGCUCUAACUCCAUCCAAGUCACGUGAUCAUUCCAAUCAUCACGUGGUUUAUGCGUAAUCAAAUUGUAUUCAGGGACUUGAUCAAGUCCGCUUCUAUGCUUUUGCUUGGUGGUGGUGCCUCAGGCUGAAUAGUUUAGGAACACAGCUAUUGGAACGAUGUUAUCAUCAAGGUUUUCGUUUUUGGGGAUGAGCAGUUUUAACGAAAUUAGUGAAUCUUCGGGUGUUUCUGGAAGCAAGGUUAAACCAACUCUCAGUUUGCAAACGGAUAAAGAUGUGUACAGGCCUGGAGAUUCCUUAUUUGUAACUAUCGAGGUUGGUUAUUCCCCUGGAAUGGAUCAUGAGAACGGGGCUAAUCCCUCGGUUUUGGUGGAAAAGCUUAGUUUUGAGGUAAAAGGAGUUGAGAAACUGGAAAGUCAGUGGUUUUCUACGCAAAAGUUAUCACCAAGAAGCAAAGGACGAAAAGGUGAACACAUCUUUCUGGACAGUUCAACACCAUCCUUGAUUUCUAAUCAACUCUUAUCCCCUGGGGCUAAGAUGACAUUAAUGGUUCGAGCUACACUCCCACCGAUUAUACCACCUUCCUAUAAGGGUGCUACUUUACGUUACCAUUACUACAUAAAGAGCACAUUAAGCGGAAGAUUGAUGGCGUUAGAAAACAGUCAAUUUUACAAAGAGUCUACAAAAGAGUUCAUCGAAGUGAACACUCGAGUCCCAAUCCAAGUAUGGGCAGAUCCGAAAAAUAACGGGUUGCUUUUAGAGGAUAGUCAAACCGAUGAGAUUGUUCCAACCAGUACCAUUCAGACAGAAAUAUACUGGAAAGGGAUGGAUGGAGACUCUGAAUGGAUAAGAGCAAAUGACGCAUAUGAUAAUGGUGAGGAUGGAUAUGACAGUUCACGCGAUGAGAUCUCCUCUGUUUCUUCCUAUCCCAACAAAGGAAAUUUAAACAGAACUUUUGGCAGUUCAUCGUCCUUGAAUUCUGGACCGCGCUUAUCAAUGAAAGCCACGUCAUAUAUUGAAGAAGGUGUUGGAUCAUCUCCUAAAGAGAUAGUUUCUCAGUUGUCAGCUGCUGUGGUGUCUUAUGACCCUGGACCUGUAGAUGGCUUUUAUCCUGGUAAAUCAUCAGAUUCCGUGAUUUGGAGCCAACAGCUCAACCAGACAAAUGGCUCAGGAGCAUCUAACUCCCCUGAAGCUGGAGCUGGAGAACCAAUUCCAUCAGAAAGAUUUACACGAGGAAGAUCGUACAACAUCAGAAUGGAUGAUCAAGUCCUUCUUAGAUUUUCCCCGAAGAAUACCGACUCUACGUAUUACUUCAGCGAUAACAUUGGUGGAACUCUUACUUUCUUCCAUGAAGAAGGAGCUAGAAGAUGUCUUGAGGUCUCGGUUACACUGGAAACUUCAGAAACAAUAAACAGAAGAUUUGUUCAUCCCUCCAGGAGAAAUUCUCCAACGCAUACCAAGGUCCUAAGCGAUCACCAUGAAGUGGUUGCAGACCUUAUUCAGACGAGCUUUCUGUUUUCGAUUCCCACGGAUGGUCCAAUGUCGUUUACAUCACCUCGUGUUUCUGUGCAAUGGAUUCUUCGUUUUGAGUUCCUAAUUACCCCAAAGGAUGUGGACUUGAGCAGGUAUGAACAUCCGUUGUUAAUACGGGAAAGAGAAAAAUGCGAAUGGGUUCUUCCGAUCACGGUACAUGCACCACCACCCCGAACGUCAUCAGCUGCUCAAAACCGAGGCGAUAAGCUCUUUGGUUUGGAGCCUUCUUGGGUUCGUAGCUAAACCACACAUGUUUUUUUUUUUGAAACAAACAACACAUGUUUUUCUUCAUUUUGCUAGUUUAUAUGCAAGAUAUAACGUUUUGCUAGUUUAUAUGCAAAAUGUUUUACUUAAACGCAAAUUGUUUUACUUA